UUUGUGCGUGUCAGAGAGAAGUAUGACCGAAGAGAAUGUGUCGGAGUUGGACAGCAAAAACUCAGAAAGGACCUACAUGAACUUACCAUGACUUUCUCAAGGAAUCCCUUUUGCUCUUUUUUACUUCUUGCUUUGUUGUUUUUGUCUUUAACAGUUAUUUUGAAAAACUGGCACUUUGGUCUCCAGGAGAACAAACCUUUUGGUGAUGCUGGCCGCCCAGAUGGUCUAACGCCAGCGCGGGACAGAUUGCUCCAACAACUUAAGGAAAGACAACAAGAACUUGAGCUCUUGGACAUCACUUUUGAUAAUAAACAAGGCUUUAUGGAUCCAAGUUUCUCCACAAAUGACAGUGCAGUCUAUAUAAAUGGGAAAUUAAGUUCGGACAACCCAGUAACUGCUAAAACUGAUAUUGGCUGUGAAGAACUUAGUGGCAUCAAAGCUGUUGACUUUCUCGGUUCAGGUUACACUAAAACAGUGUUAAAAGCAGCAUUACCGCAAGGAUUAUUUGUGGCACUGAAAUCCAUAAACCAUCAAGGUACUGACAUGAGAUUGUGCAUGGAAGAUUUUCAAGAUUCCCAAGGCUGUAAUGAGCUAGUAUCUUUCAAACUGAGGAAGGAGAUUGUGUUAUUGCAGAGACUGCAGCACCCCAAUAUUGUAGAGCUGAAAGGUCAAUGUCAGGACAGCGCUCUGGUUGGUGGCAUCACAGCAGUUCUGGAGCAGGGGAUACCACUUCAGAUGAUACAGCUCCUGCAGAGCCCCUGGGAAGAGCGCUUUCGGGUCUGUCUUGGUUUAGUGCAGCUUCUUCAAUAUCUGUCUCACUCACCGCUGGGUUCAGUAGCCCUGCUGGAUUUCCAGCCUCGACAGUUUGUUAUGGUGUCAGGAGAACUCAAAUUAACGGACUUGGAUGAUGCAAGUAUUCAAGAACCGGCCUGUCAAGAGGACUCAGACUGCCUGCUGCAGUUUCCCCUCCGCAACUUCACCCUCCGAUGCUCCUUCUCUAGAACCUGCGAGGGCUUGAACGAGAUGAGGAACCUCUACAAUGCCUACAGGUAUUUUUUCACCUACCUACUGCCUCAUCAAGCUCCCCCACUGCUGAAACCUCUUAUUCACCAAAUAAUGAACUCCACAGGAGAGUUAAAGCAAAGCAUUAACGAAACCCUGGUCGCCUUUGAAGAGGUUUUGCAUAUGUACAAAUCUGGGCUGCACCUGGAGAAUUUGCCCCCAUCAAUAACCAGAGAUUAUGCUGUCCUGAAAGGAAUGAGGAGUGUUGCAAAUAUGGAAUACAGAUGCUGGCCGUCAUACAAGCAGCAGGGCUGCGUGCUGUCUGUGCACAGUGCCAGAGAGGCCGCGCUCAUCUGCAGUUCUCAUCCACAGUGCACAAGCUUCUCUCUCAGUAGUGAAAAAACAUGGACAGGUCGACUUCUUGCCUCUUUCAGAAGUGGCUUCAGCCAUCUGGUUCCAGAUGUGAACUCAGCAGUGUACAUGAGGAGGGUUAAAGCCUCGGGAGCAGUGCUUUGAGAAAGCCAGAGAAACUGAGGGGGAAGGGGACAAUUUUGAGACAAAUGAAUGUGUUAUAUUUAUAGGCAUCUUACUGAAUGGCUGUUUGAUCUUCCUGCCAAUCCUACAUGCUGCCAAGGAGCGGUUAAAAGGAUUUCCCUUCAGGUAUAAUUAACCUGAAGAAAAAAAAAUCAGCAAGAAAAAUACAGCUUUUUAACUGUUCCUCCUGUCUUACGUUCACAUGGCACGGUCCACUGCAAGGACAUUGAGCCUAUUUUUCACUGGCUGAUGCCUGCAGGAGGAAAAAGAAAACAAGCUCUUUCACAGAUUUACUUUGAUGUUAAUGAGGCCAGAAGUUUGCAGCAUUUUGCUGGAUGCCAGUAUGUGCCGAGAACCAUGUCAAUAGGCGGAAAAGUGCUGAAACCACAAAAGCGCAGGAAUGUGGUGAGCGCCAUUGUCCUUUCUGCAUUAACUGAUAGAAAGCUAGAUAUAUCAGAAGAAUGCCAGACUUCAUCCCAUGGGUGUGUCCGUUUUCUUGUUCUUUCAAAGAAAGAGAUUUGAAUGUUAUUUGUGUGUAUAUGUUCGUUCUCCGUUCUGUGUUUUAUUUUAAUACUUUUUUUUAAAAAAAUACAAACUAAGUAAUAAAAGAAUUUUUUUCACAGUUUGUCUCUGUGUUUCAUUACUAAGCACAGUUUAUUUAGCACAUCAGCGAAAAGUCACUUUAACAGAAACCUUGCUGCAUUAACUACAUCACAUUACCAUCUGAAUGUUAUCAGUGCUUUCUGUUAAUUCACUUUUCAGGUGUGAAAUCAACUGUCGGUCUUUCCAUUCUCCUCUGCUUGCAUUUUACCAGCUAUUUCUGAGGAGACCUCCAAGCACAAAGUUUACACAAAACCUUUCCACCGCAUACCAAUAAAUCACUUGGAGGGUCAUUAUAGUUGAAUUGUUACAUGUAAAUGCAGCUUGUUUGAGGCCCCUUUCUCAUGGAGGAGCCCCAAAACAAAGGAGCAUUAAGAACAAUUAAAGUAAAUCUGCUGUUAGCACACGAAUGGGGCUGCCAUCUGCCCUAGUUAGGGGUUUCCAUUCAUGACUACAUAGAUAUGCCCAGAUAAGCCCAGCUAUGGUUUCAGGGGCAGGGAAUGUUUAGGUGGAAGCCAUUGUCCCUCUUGCAUUGCCCUGGAGCUCCUUGGGUUUGGCCACUGAUAAGGUCUUAUGCAAUUAUUUAACAUUAUCUGAAAAACUUGACAUGACUUAAUGCAGAGUAGUAGUUAAAGAAUUAUCCAAGCAUUUAAAUCAUGUGAUCGUGAUGUGAUUC